AUGAAAGUUCGUCAAAAGUUGACGGAGGAUUCAAGUCGAUUGGUCGAAGGACAUGGGGCUCACGUUCGUUAGCUUGUACAAGAACAAGGAGAUUCUGUGGAACACAGGGUUCAGGGUUUUCCGCUGAACUCUGAGUACCAUCAGAAAAGUAGGCGAAACGAUGUUUGGCACGAGCUGUCGUUAAGGGUUAAAAAACCGAUGACCACGUUCGAGUGCAAGAGAAAAAUGGACACUAUCCUUUCCUCGUUUAGGGAACGGAUAAAACUGAGAAAGAUGAGCGAAAUGGCCGUGGGAGACUCCAACAGUCCUCGAGGAUCAACGUGGUUUCUUUACAAUUCGUUAACUUUCCUCAAUGAAAAAGACUUUUUCCGUGCCAAUAAAUCUGUCGUAAGUAUUUCGAGACCCAGCCACGAAUGUAUUAUACACGAAACCAUAACGAAAAUCCUUCCCCAUAAUGACCCUAUAAUUUGAGAGAUCAGAUCAUCGAUCCAUACAAGUAUAUAUCUAAAUGUCGAGCCAGAUCGCGAAAUCGUCGAUAGACGGAGAAAAGAAUUUGGCGACUGAUAAAUAAUUCGUACUUCUCCAUCAUGCAAAGCGAGCAGACAGCAGUCGGAGAACGAACGAAUUUCUAACGUGAUGGGAGCACACCGAGCGAAGACGGGAUGUUCGUGGCGAACAAGCUGA